GCAUUCUACAAGGUUCUUCACCGUCCGCCACAUAAACCAACUGUCAUCUUGUCUCUUACGCUCAUUCGCAAGCUUGUACACUCGUAAUAGUUGUCAAAAUGUCCGCAACUCUAAGUCUGUACGAAAUACUCGGACUGGAAAGGACUGCUACAACAGACGACAUUCGAAAGGCAUACAAAAAAAGAGCUUUGGAAACCCAUCCGGACAGGCUACCGCAGGGAGCCACGACUGAAGAGAAAGCCAGUGCAGAGGAACAGUUUCGUCUGGUCAAUAAUGCAUACGAGGUCUUGAAUGAUCCUCGGAACCGAGAGCUGUAUGAUCGUUCUGGUGCAUGGCCACCUCCAAGUGCGCCUGAGGAGCCACGAGCCAACUACAGAUCGCGCAGCCGUGCCGAACCCUUUGACCCUUUCAUGGGAGACCCAUUCUUCAGUUCCGCUUUCGGCUCCCGAGGACCUUUUGCCUUCUCGGAUCCUUUCGAGCUCUUCAAUUCCAUUUUUGGCGACAUGAAUCGGCACUUUGAUGAUGAUCCAUACUUCAACGAUGCCUUCCCUAGCAUGCGUUCACCUUUCGGUGCUUUUGGCGGCUCCAUGAUGAGAGACCCCUUCGGUGGUUCCAUGCUGACUCCAUUCACGCCCGGAUUCCCCUUUGGUCGGUCCCUGCUAGAUGAUAUGCAGGGAGGCCAAGGGCGUCGUGUCUAUAGCAGCACGUCUUCCGGUGGAGGUGCCAAUGGUCAAUGGGUAUCGCAGAACAGAAUGACGCGCACGAUUAAUGGUCGUACAGAGACCAUCAUUAAACGACGCGAUGCGCAGGGCAAUGAACAUAUUACUUACUCUUCUCCUGAGAGUGAACGAUACACGAUCAAUGGUGUCGAGCAACCAGUGGCUGGCCAGAUGCAGAACCACCAACCUCGUCGUCCCGUUACAAACGCUCCGCCGCUUCCCCAGGUCGCAUACAAUGCAUACAAUCAGCCUGCGUCGUUCGCUGUGCCCAUCACUGAACAAGUGCCUGUAACACCUCCAUCCCGUUCAGCACCAGCACCAGCACCAUACCCUCAACAGCAGCAGUAUACCUCUAACCGUGCUUCGUAUGUCCCACUUGUUAAUCCGGCUCCUAGCCGUAGUUCUCACUCCAGACACAGUACUCAGGCCAAUGUAACUAAUCCACCCCCAUACGCUCAAGACGCCUACACCAGCAAGCGGUCUUCUCGUCGAGAUAGCGGGGACCAUCACUCUCACCACUCAUCCCAUCACCGGCACGAUUCUGCUGGUAGCUCGUACAGCAGGAAUCGACACCCUGAGGACCGUGAGCAUCCUAGCCGUCGUCAUACCCAUGAUGAUACAGGUGCGGAUCCUGGGUCCGGAUCGAAGAAGUGGUGGCAAGGUGGAUGGUGAGCAUCAUGACCCUACUGCCUUUUGAGGGUAGACUCUGCUUGUUGAGUAAAAUCACCAACAUUUUCAAACAUCCUGAACAUCACCGUCAUUCGAUCCAUACAUAGAGGCUGCGGGUUUUCUCUUUUACUAGCUUUGUUCGAUGAUUGUAUGAUGUUAUGCCUCUCUCGAUAUCCCUCAUUAUGUGUAUUUUACAGUCGUUUGUUUGAAAUGCAUAUGAUUUGGUGUUAUCCUAUAUUAUGCACAACGUGCAAUCAGUGUGGGGGUCCAAUACUUGCAAUCGUCAAGGUCGAAUGUGAAAUGAUAAUGGUACAUACUAAGCGGAUGUGCAAGGAGAAGGCUGAAGAGAUUGAGGGAGUGAAGAGUGAACUUGGUCAUCCAAGUUGACAGGAAUAAGUGAUAGAUACAAAGGGAGUGAACGAACGGGUGAGAUGCAAUCCACAGGGUCAAUGAGAGCUACUUAAUAUUGAAGAGAAAGAGAAAGAGAAAGAGAAAGAGAAAGAGAAAGAGAAAGAGAGAGAGAGAGAGAGAGGGGGGGGGAAAUGAAUGCGAAGAAACCACAGUGAACGAACCAGCAUUAGUCAGGGGAGAAAUAAGUCUCAGACCCUAUCAAAGAAACGAACAGACC